ACUUUGUAUCGUAAAGAUAAAGCGAACGCUAGGUACCUAUCAUAAAAUAUGAUCCCUACGUAACAAUCUAUAAAGUAUUCUAAUCACUAAGAUAUUGUCCUGCGAUAUUGUGUCUGUGUAAAUCGACGACGCGUUUUGCACGUUAAAAUGAAGAAUGAAUUCUUGACUCUAAACCAUGUGCAAACACAUAUAAUUACUUAUGGAGAUCCUUUUCACUGUAAUGGAAAGGAUGUCAUUGUUUGUAUCACUGGAAACCCAGGUAUUCCAGAUUUCUACAUUGAAUUUGGCGCAGAAUUAUAUAAAUCAACAGGAUUGCCUUUGUGCAUUAUAGGUCAUGCGGGUCACGAUGUAGUUCCAGAUGAACAGUCCAAUAUGCUGAAAGGUCAAGAGCACCUAUUUCACCUUGACGGUCAACUUAAGCACAAACUUGAACUUAUCAAUACUUAUAUUGAUAAACAAAGCAAAAUACAUUUAAUUGGUCAUUCCAUUGGAAGUUGGUUAAUUUUAGAACUACUCAAUGAUAAUGAAAAUUUGGCGAUGCGGGUUAAGUCUGUUAAUCUGUUAUUCCCAACAUUGCAACGAAUGGCAGAAACUAGGAAUGGCAUUUUUCUUAAUAAUUACCUAAGAAAAAUACACAGUGUAUUAAUAUUUCUGUACCUUCUCGUAAGUGUAUUGCCAACAGUUAUAGUUAAUUUCUUGAUAGCAGUGUAUUUAAAAAUAAACUCAUUGCCUUCACACUACACAAAACUCAUUUUAAAGUUUUUAAAUCAAAAUGUUGGAGAAAAGAUACUUUUUUUAGCUUACAAUGAAAUGGAUCGAGUGAAAAGUUUGAAUGUUGAUGCAUUAAAUAAAAUAAAGCACAUUGUUAAUGUAAUUUAUAGUAGUCAUGACAAUUGGGCUCCAGUAUCAUACAUGGAGGACCUUCAUAAAUGCCAACCAGAAAUCCCCAUGACAGAAGUAAAUAUAGACCAUGCAUUUGUUUUGAAAUCAUCGAAAACAGUUGCAGAUAUGGUGGCUCAAUUUAUAAUCACAAAAAUAUAAUUACUUUUGCAAGUGUCUCCAUACAAAAUGGACCACAAUGUUGCAAAUAGAGCAAGGCAGGAUGUAGUUUAUAUAAGAUGAAUAAUUAGUAAUUUGUAUAAUAUUCAUAGUGCAACCUGUGAUUAUGGGGUAUUUCACAUUCCUUUAACUUAAUUGUUUAAUUGUAUCUUGCAAAAGUGUAAUUUAUUGCCAUUUACAUAGAUUCAGUGAUCUCAAUUAAAAAUAGAGUUCUAAAAUAGGACAAUUAUGUAUACUAUUACUUUAGAUAAGUAGUGGGAUUGUGUAGAGGUUUAAUAAAAAAUAUCAAUAAAUUAGGUACCUACCUAUUUAAAAAA